UGCAUCCAUACCCCUUUUCAACGCUCCUAUCUUUGGCCCUCUCCCUGAAACCCUAGCUCCGUUUCCCAUCUGUCCCCCACAAAUCCUUUCACGAAUCAUCGCCCUUUUCGUUCUCCCUCCCUCAAAUCUACGCUAUCUCCUCCGAUCUGGAUUCUCUUUUCUGCGUCUAAUUUUUUUUUGCAAGUUUAGUGGUGGAACUCGAAGAUUCUGUCUGUUGUUUGAUCUGUUUCAGAUAUACGUUCUAUUGUUGGUGUCUAUCAGUUUUGUCUAUGGCUUCCUUGGACAUGUCCUUGGAUGAUAUGAUAAAGAACAGAAGAAGUACUGGUAGAGGCGACCGAGGACGAGGACAGCCUCGUAGGGGAAGAGGGAGAGCAGGAUUAUCCCGAGGUGGGAGACUAUUUGGCGCCCCUCAUAGAAAUACACUGGGAGUUAAUCCUCGGCCUUCGCCGUACACUAUUGCCAAGUCCAUUCGCAGAACCAAGAGUUUACCAUGGCAUAAUGGUCUGUUUGAAGAAAGUCUUAAAGCAGCUGGAUUGUCAGGAGUGUUGGAAACUGGUACAAAGUUGUAUAUCUCCAACUUGGAUGUUGGGGUGUCCAAUGAAGAUAUAAGGGAGCUCUUUUCUGAGAUUGGUGAGUUGAUUCGGUUUGCAAUCCACUAUGACAAGCAUGGGCGGCCCAGUGGUUCAGCAGAAGUGAUAUUUGCAAGGAGAAGUGAUGCAUUCCAGGCAUUCAAACGAUAUAACAAUGUUCAAUUGGAUGGAAGACCUAUGAAAAUCGAGGUAAUUGGGGCAAAUCCAGAGGUCCCUGUCACGGCUCGUGUUAAUGUGGUUGGAGGAACAAAUGGGAGAAAGAGAACAGUUGUCAUGGGGUCUGGACCUGUCCGUACCAGAGGUGGCUUCACAUCAGCUAAUCGCGGCAUGGGGGCAAGGGGUCGUGGCAUGGUGCGAGGGCGAGGUGGCCGGGGUGGAGGCCGAGGCAACUUUGGUGGGCGUGGGGGAGGACGAGGUGGAGGAGCAGGUGGUGGUGUUUGGAAGAAGAAAAGUGAAAAAUCAGCUGCAGAACUGGACAAGGAGCUGGAGAGCUAUCACGCCGACGCCAUGCAGACAUGAAUAUCAAUCAAUCAAUCAUAGGUGUGAGGGGGGAUGGAUGGUGUUGUUGGUACUCUGCUAGAGUGAGUGAGUUAGAACGAAGAACGAGUGGUUUGUUGGUUUGGUUUGGUUGAAGCGUACAUAACAAGAGACAUAAUUCAGCUUAUUAGUAUUGUUAUUACUAUGUAUGGACGGUGGUGGUAGUGCUUGGGUUGGGAUGCUUUUUUACUAUUAUUACUAUCGGUAGUAGUAGUAGUAAUCCUUUUCAA